AUGUCUAGUUGGUCGAAAAGGUUACCCGCUGUUACUUCAAUGUUGGAAGGUGAUAAACUUAUUCUUCCACCAAUAGUACUUGAAGAACUUCUUGAAAAAUUUAGUCAAACCCCACCAGUGGUUGCAGAAAACGAGGAAGAGAUUCCUUCAACUUCACAAUUACCUAGUCCACUCACAUUUCAAAUAUUAAAUCCAAGGACAAGAAUAAUAACUCACGGAGGUGUGUUAGAAUUUAAUUCGCCCGAUGAGAAAGCUUGUUUACCUCAAUGGAUGUACGAAUCGUUAUCACUUUCAGAAGGGGACGAAAUAAUUAUACGGCUUAAGGAAUUACCCAAAGGAACUUGGGCACGUUUCCGACCUCUAAGCUUAGAAUAUAAGGAAAUUAAAGAUUACAGAGCAGCAUUUGAAGACUAUCUGCGUUCACAUUAUGUAACACUUACAGCUGGUGAAGUUCUUAGCUUAAGACAAGCCGAUUCUAUUUAUAAAUUUUUAGUGGAUUCCUUGCAACCCGAAAACGCCGUAAGAAUAAUUGAUACGGACUUGGAAGUCGAAAUAGUUCCAUUUUUAGCAAAUGGUAGUGUCUCAGUAUCUAAUAAAAGACAUCAACGAAAAGAAGAUAAAGAAAAUGAAAUCUCUGUCGGUCAAAUUGUUAAAGGCGCUGUAUUAAAAGAUGAAUAUACCUAUUGGAAUUUGAAAUCAAUUGACCGAUCACAUGGUUUAAAUAUACAUUUAAAGAUAUUAGACAGAGGAGAUGUAGAUCUUGUGAUCUCUACGGAAAGUAAACCUACAAUAGAAGAUCAUAUUUGGUCGGACUUUUCAUUUUCAUCAGAAAGAUCUAUUUAUAUUUCGCCAACAAAUUCUGCGUAUGCUACUAGCGAAGAAUUUUGCAUUGGAGUUUAUGGCCAUAGUGAAUCGCAAACAAAUUAUGAAUUACUCAUUACCAAUAACGAUCUCCCUAUACCUACUGUAACUUCAAAAGAACUUGACGAUGAGAACGCAAAUAAAGUAGGAUAUGCGCAUUGUAAAAAUUGUGGAAGAUGGGUUCCUGAAAGAACAAUAGUUUUACAUUCAAAUUAUUGUGAGCGUAAUAACAUAAAAUGCAAAUUAUGUGGGAAAAUUAUGAGACGAGACGAAGAAGUUUUUCAUUGGCAUUGUGAGCUUUGCGAUCAGCCUGGUGAUUCACCUGAAGAAAAAAUCAAACAUCAAGAAAUAUAUCAUAAAAGACGAGAAUGUUCAUGCGGAUAUUUUACAGACUCAUUACCAUCAUUGGCCGCUCAUAAGCAAUCGGACUGUCCAAAUAAACUUAUCACAUGCAGAUUUUGUCAUAAUCUGGUUAAAAAAGGUGAAAUCCCGACAAAUUCCAGAGACUUGCUUGAGGGAUUAACAGGACAUGAAUCAUAUUGUGGAAAUCGAACAAUUGAUUGUGUUAAAUGCAAUCAGUCAGUCAGUAUAAGAAAUGUUCCGAUGCAUGCUAAAAUGCAUGAGAUAGAAAAACAAAGCCGUAAAUUACCACCUCUAUGCCGAAAUGUCAAUUGCAUAAGAACAGCGGAGAACAAUACAUUAAAAUUAUGCUCAAUUUGUUUCGGUCCUUUUUGGUCUCCCGCUAAUGAUCCAAUGAAUCGAAAGUUACUUACGAGAUUAGCUCGAAAAUAUCAUCAUCAAUUAACAACUGGGUGUGGAAAUGCCUGGUGUAAAAAUAAGUAUUGUGCCAGUGGCACAUCGAAAUCAUUAGAUCCUAAUGCUGCUGCUUCGAAAUUGGUUCCACUUCUUCAAGAAUCACAAUCCGCAACAUCGCCCGCAAUUUAUUUAUGUGUAGACCAGAUAGUUACACGAAAACGUAUCCUUGCUGACAUCCUUUAUAAUGGACAAGAUGGAGGGGGAAUACCAGGGGAAUAUGGCAUGGAGUUCUGUGUAGAGGCAAUCGAAAUGUCAAACGAGGAUUUAGUGGAAGCACGAAAAUAUUUACAAGCAAAUGCUCCAAGAAUAUAG